AUGCUCUCGGGUCAAGACAAACCCGGUGAUCCCCAUGUUAGAACACAGGGGGGAUCCGAAGUUCGAGAUACAGAUAAAAAUGCAGAUGAGCUGCUUACUGGCCACAUUCAAUGCUCAGUGUGUAACAGUACCUUUCGACGACCGGAGCAUCUGAAACGACAUUUGCGGAGUCAUACUAAGGAGAAGCCCUUUGAGUGUACCCAGUGCGGCCGGCAUUUUUCAAGAACUGACACCCUCCAUCGACAUGAAUUGAGUCACCAUGCACCAGGGACGGGAGGGAAAGAUCGCACCCACCGGAUUACUGUCAAAACAUUCCGAGCGUGCUUUAGUUGCGCAACGGCAAGAGUACGAUGUAGCGGUGGCAUGCCAUGUGGACGGUGUGACACUCGCUCCCUCGAAUGUCAAUACCCUACGCAAAGGCGAUCAAAAACAAAAAACGCGAGAGAUUCAGGACAAGAAACCGAGGCGCAAAACGACAACCACAAGCCCAUGCAAGAUUCGAAUGCAGCUUCUAGUCAGAGCCAGUUUUCUAUACACCAGCAAAAUGAGCCGGCACCAUCAUCCAAAAUUUCGCUUAAUGUAUCAUCUACGCCCGCAAAUGAUCACACAAAAAGAAUACUACAAAACACACACCCCAUUUUGCAGGAUGCAACGAAUCCUCGUUUGUAUCUCCCAAAUGAGAUACAAGAGCCGUCUGAAACACCGCCACUAGGGGUCUACCCUAGAGAUAUCAACCAGACAUAUGAUACCUCGAGCUCCGACAUUCCCAAAGUAUUCCCGGUUGAGCCAUCCAACAAUCUAGACACUGAAAUGGGGGGUCUUCAACCAGGAAUGGCCAACCCAGCAGGUGACAUUGAGAUGACUAUAGCAAAUAAUCCGGAGGCACCGCUAGGGUUUGAUCCCGCGUUCUUCGACCAUUCCAUGCUUUCCACCAUCAAUUGGCUCCCUGGUGAGUUGCUUUCCGGUGAUCCUAAAAGCCACACGCAGUCUGCCGGUGUUUCCUCGCAAUACACGCAAUCUCUCAGCCCAGGUGCCUACUUCCCUCGGCCAGCGUGGCAACCGCCGGUUAUCAGCGUGGAGCAAAACAGUCCUUUCCAACCAGAUCGGAUCUCUCAAACACCCUCUGUGCACGUUUCUCUAGGAAAGAACAUGGGAAGCCCCAAUCGGUAUCCUCCCGGCAUCAGCGAGCCUUCUCCUCAUACCGAAUCAGUGGGUUCCGCCAAGGGAUCAGCGGACUUCUAUGUCGACGGUGCGCCAUCCAGACUUCCAAAGUACGGAAAGAAACACGCGCCUUGGUCAAGCUCAUCUGCAGAGCCGGUCGAUAUUGGCAGGCAGCUACUCUUUGAAGAUGGCGAGCACCGGUUCAACUUCCCUAUCAUUUCCGAACUUCGAACAGAUCAGAUAUCGGAAGAUAUUACUCGGGUCGUACAACGGAUUGAAACCUCCACCUACGAUGAGAUUUAUCGGCACUUUGUUCAACUAUGCUGCAAUGAAACUCCAUUUUUCGAGGCGUUCGAAUCGGAGAGAUUUCCCACCGCGGACGAAUGCAACCAGUUCAUCAUAUUCUUCUUCGAUUCAUUUCAGGCCGUUUAUCCGAUAUUACAUCUUCCUAACUUUAAUCCGAACACAAGCCAUUGGCUUUUGACUUUGUCAAUAAUAGCACUCGGCUGCCAUGUGUCCCACAUUUCUGAGAUAGAGCAAUGUACAACUACUCUCCACGAGCUGAUUCGGCGGGGUAUCUAUCUUGAGAAGGAAAAGAGUCUCCCUGGCCAGACUUCUCUCGAGAUAUUGCAAGCUAUGUUGUUCAAUUGCAUUGGGCUUCUCCAUAGUAGGAGCGAGCGAGGAAGGAUCUUGGCCAUGAGCACCUUUGGUGACCUGGUGACACUCAUGAAAUCUUCUCGUUUAUUGACACCGAUGCGCACAAGUCUCAAUGAGGCGUCACCAGACGCAUCUUGGGAAUCUUGGGUUCAGGAUGAGGUUAGGAGACGCACUGGUUAUUGUAUAUGGCUUUUGGAUUGUACUCUUGCAUAUUACUUUGAUGAUCGACCUCUGCUCUCCCUAGAUGACGGACAAGCUGCAUUGCCCGCGCAUGAGAAGCUAUGGCAAGCAAGGUCCGCAGAGAAAUGGAAGCCACUAUGGGCAAAGUCAUUUGCCAACGAAUCCUUAUACGACGCAGUCCACAUCCUCUACAUCGAGAAGAGAGUAGUAUCUGGGAUAGGGGAGUUCAGUCACAUCCUCCUCAUUCACGCUCUCUACCAUCGAAUGUGGGAAGUGGGAGACUACUUCCGCCGCCCACUCUCCUUCUGGAACCCAACAGCCAAGAAGCAAUCAUGCGAGACCGCCAUCCCCACAGGCUCAGUAUGGCUCCCCGGAAUCCCCUCGUACUCGAAAUGGCGCAAUAGCGCCUGCGACUGCCUCGACAUCCUCCACUGGACCGCCAACAGCACUGUAGCCAAAGCCGCCGGCCUCGAGCACCCAACCAUCCUCCACCUCCACGCCGCCCGACUACUCCUCCUCACUCCAUUUCGCGAAAUACGCUCCCUCGCAACCUCCCUGGCAACGGAAAAGAAGCGCUGGAGCAAGCGACACCAGUCCCUCGAGUGGCAGUACAUCUGGCGCUGGAUGAAACACGACCAAUACAAAGCCCGGCUUUCAAUCAUUCACGCCGGCGUCACCCUCUGGCAUAUCCGCCGCUACUCGACGAACGCUUUCCACGAGCCUGUCGCGGCGUUCAUCGCUGUGCUGACUUUGUGGGCAUACGGAUCCUGUCACCCGCAUACGUCCCAUGAGUCCACUCCGCAUUUCCAGGGACGUGCGGAGCCGGUCCUGGAACCGAGUUUUGUUCAUCUGGAUCGGCCAUGCGAUGAUGAGCUUGUGCAGCUUUUUGUCAGGGAGGGUCAUGCAAUGAGAGGGAAUGUUACUGGUGUUGGUGAUAUCUGUGGGACAGAGGGACCGGAAAGGAUGCUGCGAGUCGGAUGUGAGAUUAUUUCGGGAUUGACGGCGUGGAGUAUUUCAAAGAAGUUCGUGGCUAUCUUGACGAGGCUUGCGGACUUGACCUCGUAUCAUUCCUCUUGGGAACAGAACCGCCGGCAUGAUGCUGAACAAGUUUGA